AUGGCAUACUUGUGGUUGGAAAAUGAUCUUAGAUCCACGGAAAAACACAUCAGAAGAUGGGAUGCAGAGGGUGUACCUCUUGUCACUCGUACACGACAACACAUAGUACCAAGUCCUUUUAUUCAAGAUUAUCUACGUCAAGCUGGAUUUUUUGAGGUUUCUCAAAUAGAGCGUUACAAAAUUGAUAGGCACAUUGUAACCACUCUUGUAGAAAGAUGGCGGUCCGAAACUCAUACUUUUCACUUUCGAACGGGUGAGUGUACUAUCACUUUGGAAGACGUCUAUAUGUUACUCGGCUUACCUUUUGGAGGUUCAAUUGUUACGGCUCCUCCAACUCUUCCGUGGAAUCUUUGUGCUCAUUUGUUGGGAAUAACUCCUCCGGCACACAAAACUGAUGGUUUUACUCUCUCCUUGUCGUGGUUAAAGGAUAAUCUGGUCGAUAAUAACUUCAAUGAACAAUCUCCUCCAGAGAUGGACAGGUGUAGGUUCAAGAUACUACGAGAAUCCAAGCCAUGA